GCCGGAGUUGCAGCUGCUGAUUGGUCCAGCUCUUUCUCCCAGAAUGCAGUUCGCCUCCACAGAGUUCUCUUUCACUUUUGUUUUUAUCUGUUGGAAGCUGCGUACAGAAAGCGACACGGUGGAGAAUUGCAAGCUGCCUUUGCCACCAUGUUUCCUCUCCUGCUCCUCAUCUUCACCCUUUUUCCUUCAUCUCCUGGAGCUCAAAUCCCAAAUCAAGACCAGACCAAGGAGAUCCCCAUUGCCACAAAUGGUCAGUUGUUUCCCUGGGAUCGCAUGAGACUCCCCAAAAUAAUCUCCCCUCUCCACUAUGAUCUGAGUCUCCACCCCAACCUCACCACCCUAGACUUUACUGGUGUUGUUCGCAUUGACCUGGACGUGCAUGAAGACACCAGCGUUGUGAUUCUUCAUGCAAAGAAAAUGCACAUAUCAGGCGCGCUGCUGCUUGCGCCGGAGGGGGUGAGGCCUCUUCAGGUUCUGGAGUAUCCUCGUUUUCAUCAGCUCGCCUUGAUGUCUGACUUGGUGCUGACCAAAGGCAGGAAGUAUGAGGUCCAGCUGGAGUUUGCUGCAAACCUGUCUGACAGCUACCAUGGCUUCUAUAAGGGCAGCUACCGCACCAGCAGUGGGGAGGUCCGGGUCCUGGCAUCGACACAGUUUGAGGCGACUUUUGCUCGUGGGGCCUUUCCCUGUUUUGAUGAGCCGGCCUUUAAAGCCAACUUCACCAUCCGGAUUAUUAGAGAGCCGCGCCACAUUGCCAUUUCCAACAUGCCCAAGGUGAAGACAGUGGAGUUGCCAGGUGAUCUACUCCAGGAUCACUUUGACACGACGGUGAAAAUGAGCACCUAUCUGGUGGCCUACAUUGUGUCUGACUUCCUUUCAGUGAGCAAGACUACUCAGCAUGGAGUGAAGAUUUCCAUCUACGCUGUUCCAGACAAGAUCAAUCAGACGGCCUUUGCACUGGAUGCUGCUGUCAAGCUUCUGGACUUCUAUGAUGACUACUUUGACAUUCCGUACCCGCUUCCGAAACAGGACUUGGCCGCCAUCCCUGACUUCCAGUCUGGAGCCAUGGAGAACUGGGGGCUGACCACCUAUCGAGAGACCGGCCUCCUCUUCGAUCCGGACAAGUCCUCCGCCUCAGACAAACUGGGCAUCACCAAGGUGAUCGCCCAUGAGCUCGCACACCAGUGGUUUGGAAACCUGGUGACUAUGGAGUGGUGGAAUGACCUGUGGCUCAAUGAGGGCUUUGCCAAGUUCAUGGAGUUUGUUUCCCUGGACAUCACCUACCCAGAACUGCAAGUGGACGACUUCUUCUUGGGGAAAUGUUUUGAAGCCAUGGAGGUGGACUCCCUCAGCUCCUCCCACCCAGUGUCCACCCCCGUGGAAAACCCCACCCAGAUCCAGGAGAUGUUUGACGAUGUUUCAUAUGACAAGGGGGCGUGCAUUCUGAACAUGCUGCGUGACUUCCUCACUCCUGAGGCCUUUGAGAUCGGAAUCAUCCGAUACCUGAAGCGCUUCAGCUAUCAAAACACUGUCAACAGCCACCUUUGGGAGAGCCUGACUAAUAUCUGCAGCACGGAUGAUUUGGACGAAGGCCGAAUGAAGCACACAGAGUUUUGCUCCAAACGCAAACUAAACUCUGGAUCCUCUAAGUGGUACUCGGGUGAUGAGCUGGAUGUCAAGGCCAUCAUGGACACCUGGACGCUGCAGGAGGGUUUCCCUCUGGUCACCGUGGAGGUCAAAGGGCGGGAGGUCAGGCUCAGUCAGGAGCGCUUCCUGAGGACGGACAACCCCUCUCUCACUGAAGGGUUCUUGUGGCAGAUCCCGUUGACGUACAUGACCAGCGCCUCCAGCUCCGUCCACCGUUUCCUCCUGAAAACAAAAUCUGAUGUGCUGUACCUGCCAGAGGAGGUGGACUGGGUGAAGUUCAACGUCAACAUGAGCGGCUACUACAUGGUCCACUAUGGCGCCGAGGGCUGGAACUCCAUCAUCUCCCUGCUGCAUCACAACCACACAGCCCUGAGCGGCAACGACCGCGCCAGCCUGAUCCACAACGUCUUCCAGCUGGUCAGUGUAGAGAAGGUGAGGCUGGACACGGCCCUGGAGCUGUCCCUUUACCUGUCCAAGGAGACGGCGAUCAUGGCGGUCUGGCAGGGCUUUGGGGAACUCGUACCUCUCUACAAGCUGAUGGAGAAGAGAGACAUGGCUGAGCUGGAGAACCAGAUGAAGAGCUUCAUCGUGGAUCUGUUCCGGGGGCUGAUCGAUCAGCAGGAGUGGAGUGACUCCGGCUCGGUGUCCCAGCGGGUGUUGAGGAGUUACCUGCUGCUGUUCGCCUGUGUCAGGAACUACAGUCCCUGUGUGACCAGAGCCACGCAGCUUUUUAACCAGUGGAGGGAUUCUGAUGGCACCAUGAGCCUCCCCGUUGACAUCACCAUGGCCGUGUUUGUGGUUGGAGCUCGCACGCGGGACGGGUGGGACUUCAUGUAUGAAAAAUACCGCACGUCUCUGCAGAUGUCUGUGAAGAGCCGGAUGAAGUCGGCCAUGGCCGUCACAACGAUGAAGGACAAGCUCCAGUGGAUGAUGGAGCAGAGCCUCAACGGGGAGGUGAUGAAGACUCAGGACCUGCCUGAUGUCAUCGUCUCCGUCGCCAGGAACCCUCAUGGUUUUAAACUGGCGUGGGACUUCUUCCGAGCGCACUGGCACACUCUGAUUCAGAAGUUUGACUUGGGAUCGAGCACUCUGUCCUACUUGGUAGGAGGAGUUACCAACCAGUACUCCACAAGAGAGAAGCUUCACGAGAUCCGAAGCUUCUUCGACUCCCUGACGGAAGAGACGGGCUCGAAGAUGAGGUGCAUCCAGCAGAGCUACGAGACCAUAGAAGACAACAUCCGCUGGAUGGACAGGAACCUCCCUCUGCUGCAGGCGUGGCUGAACAAACAUGGUUUUUCUCAAGUUCGAGGCUUCAGCUCCAAUUAAAGGACAGAAAUGGAUCACUUUCCUUUUCUCGAGCUUUUUCUGGGUGUCUUCGGCUUCGGACUGGCCAUCAUGUUCUGCACCACCUUCUGCAGAUGCUGCCUUCGCUUGAGGGAGCAGCAGGCUCAGAGGGACGCACAGUUGCGCAGCGAGCCUGACGGUCAAAUGCGCUCCAUCUAUUUCAUUCCCUUCCCUCGAAGCUUGUCGCAUGCAGCCAGCGAGGACGCCCAGAGCCCCGAGCUUCUCGACGAGCUUCACAGACCUCCACGAUACAGCACCACCGUCUUCUACGAGCUUCCACCUUCCUAUAACGAGCUGGGACUUAAACCAGACGAUUCCCCCCCUCCAUACACAGAACAGGACUUCUCCAGGUUCCCCCCACCUCCUCCUCCACCCCCGCUGCCCCCCACAGACACGCCACAGUCCAGAAUACAGGCCCUCCCAUAGGGCAUCCUCCUACUGUGCCAGUUAUGGACAGUCCGGCACCCCCCUCCCCUCCUCCAUGGACACCAGUCUGCAAACGUCUGCUGGUUUUCGUCUUUAUUGUGGAGCUCCUUUUUUUAUUACAGAGAGGAAAGACGUGAACAAGCUGCUGACAUGCACACAGCUGUAAAAGUGCAGCUGUUUCUCACUAAACUGAAGCAGACUUUGCUCUCACUGUUGGUUUUGUUCAAAUGUUGCUGUGUUUGCGACAUUUCAUUAAUCUUCCUCGGGAGUGUUUGUUUUUGCAUCUCUCUAAUAUCAGUAAUAAUCAGCUUUGGGUUUUGUUGCAUUUUUUUAGCAUCAAAGUUUAUUUUACAAGAACUGACAUAUUUUGAAACAUGCAGUUUACCCCAAAAAUAGAAUCAGUUUUCCAAAUAUCGCUUGUUUAUCUGCAUGAAAAACAACAAGUUUGGAGCUUAAUGUUUGUUUAAAUUUUUCUAAAACUGUACAAUGAAAAAAGUAAAACAUUGAAUCAAUUAACAAAAUUUAUGUAAUUUGUUACAUUUAAAAUUAUUAGCUUGUAUCAAAUUAAAAUUUUGAUCUCAAAAUUUUAAUGUAAUAUAAAUUAAUUAAUUUUUGUUAAUUGAUUCAAUGUUUCACUUUUUUCAGUGUAACAGUCAACUUACAAUCCUGUUAUUUAUCCUGAAGAGUUUAAAAGAUUAUUUUAUAAAAUAACUUUGAGAUUUAAUAUUGAGUUUUCCUUUUUCCCUUAAAAAAAGUUUAAAUUAAUUUGUAAAUUUUGAAGAGUCUCAUUUAUUUGUGCUUUCAUUGUCCACAUUAUGGAAUUAGAGUGUUAAUAGUGUCAACUCUUUGACAGUUUCCUAUGAAAACUUUAAUUCUGCUCAGAAUCUUUAUUUUCUCUGUCCAACUCUUAUCUUUAUGGGGAAAAUGUAUAUUUUACUUAAACUUGUUUUCUUUGUAAUGCUAAUUCCACUGAAAUGGAGCCGAAAAAACCCCAACAAAAUGUGUUUACUGUAUGAGAGUUGAAGGAACAGAUGAAGCUGGAAUAUUUCAGGAUGGAGGACGACACAGGAAAUCAGAUUUUAUGUUCUUUUUCUGUGUGUGUGUGUGACAGAAUUAAUUUAAAUGUCAGAUUUUUGUUGUAUUUUUGAAACA